AUGCGCUCCUCCGAAUUUCCGCGUCACGCUCCAGUCACGUGGCAGCGACGCGGUUACUUUUGGCACCCACGGCGGCCAUAGACCUAAACAACCCAACAACGGAAUCAUCUCUUCAUCGAUGUCGUCAACAGUGAGUUCAAUGAAGACGACACUACAGGAUGCUUUGGAUGAUGUGACCUCGACACGUUCAUCGUCUGGAAGGCGGAAUCGAGCUCUGGCUGUUCUUGAGCAGCAGCUUGCGCUUGCAUGUGUGCAGUCCUCCAAUGAUGAUACAUUAGAAACAUAUCUUGACCUUCAAGACGCCUUCGAAUCUAAUGUUCCAUCGCGGAUCCUGGCUUGGAUACAAUGUACGACACCUCAGCUAGAUCUGUGCGCAAGCAAGACCUCCACCAAGGAGCGUGAUACUGAAAUGAAUACAAUGUGCUCCCAGUUAUGCCAAGGCUUGUCAAUAAUUCAGGGAGUCUCUCUUCACCACAAAUCAAGCAAGUCCUUUUUGGGUCGUCGUUUCUCCCUUGAGAUUUUGAUCGAGUUAUUGCUUACUUCUCGACAUACGCCGAUCAUUGAUGCCUCUUUGGGGGAAAAUAGUUCCCGACCACCAGACAAGCCUGCACCCUUCAUGCAUUUAACAUCUGCUGUCUUGGAUACUUUGCUAUGCGUUCUUGUUGAUUCUUCUCCAGCGAUACGUGCUUUUGAGGAAGUGAAUGGGGUUCAAGCAGUGGUAAAGAUCCUCAAACGAGCAGGAACACCACGCGAAGUCAGAAUGAAAUGCUUGGAGUUUCUCUACUUUUAUUUGAUGGAUGAGAAUCCCACCCACACACGACCUGAUGAAACACACUCACUACCCUCCUCCCCCGUUGCCACCCAACCUAGCACACCUUUUCGACUUCCUGAAAACAAGAUAUUCGCCCGCCCUGCAUCUGGCGCCUCGAACAUAUCCUUUGCGUGUACCUCCACCAGAUCCUCAUCAAGUUCAUCAACCUCCUCGUCCUCCUUCUUCUCCGUGUCCUCGGGUUCAUCAACAACUACAUCCACUAGUAUCGAGGGUAUUCACAUACGUUCGCCUAUCAAGAAGUCGUAUUCCACCUCCGCUUUCACUUCAUCAGACCCACGCACUCCUCCUAGCUCACCACCCUCGAUAGCAGCCAGCGCUAGGAAGAUACCGGCGCCACUACAGUCACGCCCAAUGCUCAUGCUACGGAAGGAAGUGGAUUAUGAGCCGCUGAGCCCCAGGAAACCAAGAGCGUUUCGACCAGAUCUCGGAGUCACUGAUACACCUAGCCCUGCCACGCCUUCUGCAACACGUUUUCGAGAGACAAUUAGCAGAAAGACCUUCUCGUCAGGCAGCACCGAGGAAACAGAGGCGCGGUUAAGCAAGCAUGACCGCGUCCGGACCAUUGAUGAGAAGAAAGAAAUACUAGGAGGCAUGCUGGGGAAUGUUGAUGCUCUCGUCGAUGGUGUGAGGAAAGCAGGCAUAUGGGGGCUUGGCUAAUCCUUUCGGUGCUACUCUCGGAACCUCGUACCAGACUUUUUCUGCCCAAAAACU